AUGAAGUGUAUCCUAUCGCUCCUGUCCGCCCUCAGCGUGGCGCUUGUUGUGGCUAUUCCGGCCAACUUCCAUUACGGUGGCGGAGGCGGUUACAACAUCAACGGAACGAGCCAGAGCUUUAAUUUUUCCGGUGACAGCAACAGUUCAUCGUCCCUGCCCGAUUUUGGCCAAUUUCUACCAAACCUGACGCAGCCUUCGAAUGGAUUUGGAUUCCCGCAGUUCGCGCUUCCCUCAUCGUGGAACAACUUUACCGAUGCCAUUUCGUCCAUCUUUCCAGGGUUUGGUGGAGGUUUCCCAUUCUUUGGCAACGGUCAGAAUGGUGGUUUCUUUGGUUAA